AUGCGUUCCUCUUUGGCUUACGGAGCCCUGCUUCAAGCAUCUCUGUACACCCUCACUAAUGCCUCGCCGGCACCUACACCUCGUCGCGUGGUUCAUGGAGAACCUCAGGCACCCCGUGUAACCGGAUCGCCCGUCGACUCGCACCCGUCGCGCACUGAGAGAUACCGUCGCGGUCUCAUCGACGAUGUCCAGUCGGACAUUGGCUCAAUCCUUGGUGGACUUGGCUCGGACCUCCCUUCAUGGGUCGCAUCUGGUGUACCAAAUUUCUUCCAGGGCUUCCCUACCGGAGACGCUGUUGUUUCCUCGCUCGGCCUUGACGAUAGCCAGGUAGAUGCGUUGCCGACUCAGGUCCUUAACCUUGACCCUUACGCCAACUGGACCGAGUCUGGCUGGAACGUGAGAUUCCACGGAAAUGUGUACAAGCAGCCCAACACCUCUACCCAGGACCUGAACCGUUUGGCCAACAUCUUCCUCGUGGACACUUCUGUUGGAGAACUUCCUCAGGAUCAGGCAGACAGAGCACGAAAUGUUACUGCAUCUAUCUUCGUCAUUCAGCAAGGUGAUGUAGCCGUUUCGCCAAUCCACCUUGACCCUGCCGCGUCGCAAGGCUCCUCUGGUGAGCCAGGUGGUGGCGGUGCGGUUACUCCCAGUGGAGGCAACCAGACCAUCACUCUCCCUUACAACACCACCGUCGAGGGUGACUUCGAUGUUUUCGUGCCUAUCAACAGUGAUGGCCUUAUGGCUGGAAACGAGACCAACGAGGUUCAGCGUUUGAACACUCACGUCGAGGGUGCUUCCAUUGGCAAUUCCACUGCAUACCUUGUUCCCACUACCGGUCUUACCGUCGUCAGUGAUAUUGAUGAUAUUCUUCGUAUCACCAAGAUCUACGAGCCCUCCCAGGGUCUGCUCAACUCUUUUGCAAAGGAAUACGUUCCUUGGGAGAACAUGCCUGAUAUCUACGCCAACUGGAGCAGAAGUCUUCCCAACACCCACUUCCACUACCUGACCACUACCCCUGAGCAAGUCACCAGAGCUUACAUGAACUUCACCUACUCCCAUUACCCUGGUGGCUCGUUCGAUACCCGCCCUCUCAACUUCUCGGAUGUUUCGGCAACCCUCUCCAUCCGCAAGUUCCUUCUCACCAAGGUCUUCGAGACUUUCCCUCAGAGAAAGUUCAUUCUCGUCGCCGACACAAGUAACAGCGAUGUCAUGAAGGACUACCCUCAAAUGGCAACCGACUUCCCUGACCAAGUCCAGUGCAUCUUCUUGCGCAACACCAGUGGCACAGACUCUGGCGACAAGUUCCCCUACGAUACCAGCGGUUUCAAGAACUUGAACCAGCAGAAGUACAUGUUCUUCUUGAACCCCGAUGAUCUCAGCAACUUGGACAUUGCCAACGGACAGUGCUACAAUCAGUCGAUUGCUCAGAACCUGACUUUCGGCUACCAAGGCCUACCCUUCGGUCUUGGAGACUCUCCCUCAGCUGUCAACGCUUCUGCCAACCAGACUGGCAAGAGCAUGGCUGCUGGAUUCAAGAACAAGGAUGUUGUUGGUGCACAGAGUUCUUUGGCUCUGGUUGCCGCACUUGGAGCCGCCAUGUUCAUGUUCCUUUAG